AUGCCUUCAGAAAAGAGAAGCGAGCGCGGCAUUCGCAUCGCCAUUGACCGUGGUGGUACUUUCACCGACUGUGUCGGAAACCCGGGAACAGGCAACAUGGAAGACGAUGUCGUUAUCAAGCUCCUGUCCGUAGAUCCCCAAAACUACGAUGACGCCCCUCUAGAAGGUAUCCGCCGCCUUCUAUCCAAGUUCACCGGCAAAGACAUCCCUCGAGGCGAACCGCUAGAUACGACAAAGAUCGAGAGUAUAAGAAUGGGCACAACCGUAGCAACAAAUGCCUUGCUAGAAAGAAAGGGAGAGGAUAUCGCAAUGGUGGUCACAAAAGGCUUCAAAGAUUGUCUAGAGAUUGGCAACCAGAGCAGACCCAACAUCUUCGAUCUGGCCAUCAAGAAGCCUGAGGUUCUGUACAAAAGAGUCGUCGAGAUUGAGGAAAGAGUUACACUGGAAGAUUAUGCCGAGGAUCCUACAAGAAAUCAAACAGAGGCAAAGGCCAUCGAAGAGGCUGGUGACGAUGCUGAGCUUGUCAAGGGCUUGUCCGGCGAGGCCGUUCGCAUUCUCAAGAAGCCCGACCAUGAUCAAAUACGCAAGCAGCUGCAGGAAGUAUACGACUCUGGCCUCAAGAGUAUUGCUGUCUGCCUCAUGCACGGCUACACAUUCCCAAAGCAUGAAGCUUUGGUUGGCAAGAUUGCAAAGGAGAUUGGCUUUGAACACGUCAGUUUGAGUCACGAGCUGAUGCCCAUGAUCAAGCUUGUUCCUCGCGCUACUUCAGCUUGCGCAGAUGCCUACCUUACUCCUGCCAUUCGUAAGUACAUUGAUGGCUUCCAGAAAGGUUUCGAAGGUGGGCUUGGCACUGCCAGCGUCAAGAACGAGGAAGGUGCAAGAGGAGCGCGAUGCGAGUUCAUGCAAUCAGAUGGUGGUUUGGUUGAUGUCGAUUCAUUCUCAGGUCUACGUGCUAUUCUCAGUGGACCUGCCGGAGGUGUGGUUGGAUAUGCUUUGACCUCAUACGACCCCAAGACGAAAACACCAGUUAUCGGCUUCGACAUGGGUGGAACCAGUACCGACGUAUCAAGAUACGGAGAAGGAAGAUACGAACACGUCUUUGAGACUACCACCGCAGGUGUUACCAUCCAAUCUCCCCAGCUGGAUAUCAACACUGUCGCUGCUGGAGGAGGUUCACGAUUGUUCUUCAAGAAUGGACUAUUCGUCGUCGGACCAGAGUCGGCAAGCGCACACCCUGGACCUGCUUGUUACAGAAAAGAUGGACCACUCACAAUCACCGAUGCCAACCUGUUCCUCGGACGCCUUCUGCCUGACUUCUUCCCCAAGAUCUUUGGCAAGAACGAAGAUGAGGGUCUGGAUCCUGAAGCCAGCAAGAAGCUCUUCGAAGAGCUAACAACGAAGAUCAACCAGGAGGUCAAGGACAAGAAUAUGUCUGCUGAUGAAGUCGCUUACGGUUUCAUCAAAAUUGCCAACGAGACCAUGACAAGACCAAUCCGCAGUUUGACCGAAGCAAGAGGUCAUGAUACCUCAAAACACAGACUUGCAACCUUUGGUGGUGCUGGUGGUCAGCAUGCGGUUGCUAUUGCCGAAGCUCUUGGUAUCAGUCAGAUCUUGAUUCAUCGUUACUCUUCAGUCCUCUCUGCUUAUGGCAUGGCCUUGGCUGAUGUUGUUGAUGAAAGACAAGAACCCGACUCAAAGGUGUGGUCUGAUGAUGGAGAUGUUCGCAAAUACUUCCAGAGCAAGAUGGAGGAGCUCAAGAAGAAGUCAAAAGCCACUCUGAAAGAUCAAGGGUUCGAUGAAGAACAUGUGCACUUCGAGGAGUAUCUCAACAUGAGGUACAGAGGAACUGAAUCGGCCUUGAUGAUCAUCCGACCGACCAAAGAAGAUGCUGAAAAGAAGUUUGAUGGCGAUGACUGGGCCUUUGGCAAAGCAUUUGUCGAGCAGCAUGAGCAAGAGUUUGGCUUCACUCUCCCUGACAGGGAUAUCAUCGUCGAUGAUGUCAGAGCUCGUGGUAUUGGCAAGACUUUCGAAGGCUUGGAGAAGACCGUUGACCAGCAAUUGCAAGAGGUCAAGCCCAAGGAUGUCGGCAAAGACGAGAAGAUCUACGGCAAGUCACAGGUGUACUUCGAGGGUGGUCGACAAGAAACGUCUAUCUACAAGCUUGAGGACCUUACAACCGGCGACCGCGUCCAGGGACCUGCAAUCAUUGCUGAUGGCACUCAGACCAUUGUUGUGACACCUGGCGCUUCUGCUCUGGUUAUCGACACACAUGUCGUCAUCAACAUUGGUGAGAGUGACGGAUCAGAGAAGAAGCUUGACACCGAGACUGUCGAUCCGAUUAUGCUCAGUAUCUUCGCACAUCGCUUCAUGGCCAUUGCAGAGCAAAUGGGUCGCGCAUUGCAGAAAACCAGUGUCAGCACCAACGUCAAGGAGCGACUGGACUAUUCGUGUGCUCUUUUCGAUUCAAGCGGAGGUCUUGUCGCUAACGCACCCCAUCUUCCUGUCCAUCUGGGUAGCAUGAGUACAUGUGUCCAGAAGCAGGCCAAGAUCUGGGAGGGCAAGCUCAAACGUGGUGAUGUCUUAGUCUCGAAUCAUCCCAUGUACGGCGGCACUCACUUGCCUGAUAUUACAGUCAUCACACCAGCAUUCAGUGGCGACAAAAUCGUCUUCUAUGUCGCGUCCAGAGCCCAUCACGCAGAUAUUGGAGGUAUACUUCCUGGAUCCAUGCCUCCUCAUUCUCGCGAGCUCUUCCAGGAAGGAGCAUCUAUCAAGACCGAGAAAUUGGUUUCGGAAGGCAGAUUCAACGAGGAAAGAAUCACGGAGCUUCUGCUUGACGAACCGGCACAACAUCCUGGAUGCAGUGGUACCCGUUGCCUUGCAGACAACAUCUCUGAUCUUAAGGCUCAAGUCGCUGCUAACCAGAAGGGUAUCAACUUGAUCAACACUCUCAUCGAUGACUACAGCGAGAAUGUCGUGCAAUUCUACAUGAGGAGCAUCCAGAAGAACGCAGAAAACAGUGUUCGCAUGCUGCUCAAGGAUGUCAGCAAGCGUUUCGAGGGUCAAGACUUGUCAGCGGUCGACUUCAUGGACGAUGGCAGUCCUAUCAAACUGAAUGUUCAGAUCGACGCAGAGAAAGGAGAAGCUGUAUUCGACUUUACAGGCACAGGACCAGAGGUAUACGGAAACACAAACGCACCCGAAGCCGUAACCUAUAGCGCCAUAAUCUACUGCCUCCGCUGCCUAAUCAGCGAAGACAUACCCCUAAACCAAGGCUGUCUAACCCCCAUCCACGUCAAGAUACCCAAGAAAUCCUUCUUAUCGCCUUCCGCAACCGCAGCAGUGGUAGGCGGUAAUGUACUCACCUCUCAACGCGUCACCGAUGUCGUUCUCAAGGCUUUCCAAGCUUGUGCUGCUUCCCAAGGUGAUUGCAAUAACUUGACCUUUGGGUUCGGCGGUAAUGCAGAUGGCAAGGAACACGUCAAAGGCUUUGGCUACUACGAAACUAUCGCGGGAGGAUCGGGUGCGGGACCUACUUGGGAUGGAACGAACGGCGUGCAUACACAUAUGACCAAUACGCGUAUCACAGACUCUGAGGUCUUUGAACGUCGCUACCCGGUUAUCCUGCGAGAGUUCAGUUUACGCGCUGGCUCGGGUGGCAAAGGUCAACAUAACGGCGGUGAUGGCGUUGUCCGCGACAUUGAGUUCAGGAUUCCUGUGCAGGUGUCUAUUCUCAGUGAACGUCGUGUUUACCAUCCUUAUGGUCUUGCUGGAGGCGAGGACGCCGAGUGUGGAAAGAAUCUCUGGGUGAGAAAUGUUGCUAAAGCACCUGGUGAGGAAGGUAAAGUGGAGGAAGAGCAGGAAGUCAGGUAUAUCAACUUGGGAGGCAAGAAUACUGCUGCUUUCCAGCCUGGCGAGAGAAUUAUUAUCAAUACGCCAGGUGGUGGUGGUUGGGGACCUGUUGGCGAGGAGAGUAAGGCACACAAGCUUUGGACUGAUCCGAAGAGUCACUGGAAGGGUGGAAGUGUUGCUGCUAGACAAGCUGAGGGAGAAGCGAGUGCUUAA